AUGACGAACGAAAAGAUUGAUUUGAUUAGAGUCCAACUGAAAGCAGCCCAGGAUCAGCAAAAAGCUUGUGCGGACAAGAGGAGGCGUCCUAUCGAGUUUCAAGUCGGAGAUUAUGUCCUGCUGAAAGUAUCUCCAUGGAAGGGUAUAAUCCGUUUCCACAAACGGGGUAAGUUAGGCCCUCGUUAUAUUGGACUGUUUAAAAUCUUGGCUCGAGUUAGAAGGGUUGCAUAUCAAUUAGAAUUACCGUCUACACUAGACGGGAUCCACAAUACCUUCCACGUAUCGCAGUUGAGGAAGUGUCUUGUAGAUGAAACAGCAUUAGUGCCUCUCGAUGACAUCGAGUUGGACGAGGGGUUAAAUUACUUCGAAAGACCAAUAGCCAUUAAAGACGUUAAGGUGAAGAAUCUUCGCAACAAUGUCGUUAGACAAGUUUUGGUUCAAUGGCAACACCAAAAGGGGUCGGAACUUACAUGGGAAGCGUAA